AUGGCACCACCUCGUCAAUGCGCACGCACGCCAGAGACUCCAAUGAAUGAACAGCUAGACCAGAAUCUACAACACCUCACGCAGACCAUGCAGACCCUCAGUGAAGCGUUGUUGCACAACAACCAUCCUGUUCCACCACCACUGCUUGCCGGGUAUAGAGAUGUUGGACGCCUUGUAUCGAGCCAUAGACCACCGAUGUUCGCCGGUGAGGAAGACCCUGUCGUGCUCGAGGAGUGGGUGAGAACCUUUAACAAGACCUUCUCGGUCGUUGGGUGCCCCGAGGAGCGCCGAGUGGAGCUAGCAUCAUUCUACUUCAGUCAUGAAGCAGACUUGUGGUGGGUGCAUAAGGGACUCACUUAUCUUGAGGAGCCCGACUUCGACUGGACGACUUUGAAGGACCGGAUGCGAGAGCGGUUCUACCCGGCACAUGUUCGAGCUGCUAUGUAUGAGGAUUUUCUGUACCUCCAGCAGGGUUCAUCGACGCUGGUUGAGUACCACAAGAGGUUUCUGGAGCUAGCUCGCUUCGCUAGGAUACUUGUCCCCAUCAAGCUCGCGAAAGUUGAGAAGUUCGUAGCCGGUUUGAACUACGAGGCUCGUAAGGCUUUGACGCUUGCUAGGAAGAGGAACGAAAGUGGAGGAUCAUCCAACUUCAAGAAACCAAGACCGGAUUUCCAAGCCAAGACCACAUCUUCCCCACCUCAAGGAUCAAACCGAGUAGGGUCCGGUGAUCAAGCUAAGAGGUUUGCAUGCAGAACCUGUGGAAAGGAGCAUGUGGGAAAGGACUGCCAAGGGAAUGCCUUGCGAUGCUACAGAUGUGGAGAUAGAGGACACAAGGUUGCCGUAUGCCCUCAACAAGCGAACCAAAAGGCGUUGCCACCUAGUUCGGGACCCGGUGGAGUCUUGAGAGGAAGCUCGAGUAGAGGAGCAGCUGGACUAGACCUUCGGGUCGUGUGUUUGUGA